AUGAGUGAAGAAGCAGAAGUUAAUCAAAAUGAAAAGAUCAACUACGAAUGCACACUGGAAAUUCAAGAAGAGAAUAAGUGGACUAAUUCUGAUUUUUUCAGUAUUCAACAGGGUUUGGAUUUCAAAUUCAAUAUUUCCGCUCGAAAAAAUGAAAAAUACAGAUUAGACAUUAAAGUAACAAAAUUUUCUACUAAAUCAGCGAUUGCAAUCAUCGAAUUAAAAAUAGAUAAUAUGAUACCAAUCAGAAAAGACGUUACUAAUUGGACAGAUGAUGUUAUAUUUGAAGAUUUGGUCAUCCCAUCGAACUGUCAUGCGUGUCAAUAUCACUGGACUUUGGAUGAGUGUAAUAAGACAUCAAAGGGUUAUCAUGUAUAUAAAAUACCAAUAACUUGUUCAAUAGUUUGGCAUGCAUUUAACGAUGGCACAUUGUGCGCAAAGCUAUACAAAAAUAUGGAAGCUUAUUUCGAAAAUUCAGAAUUCAGCGAUGUGAAAAUCCGAGCAAAAAAUAAUGAAGAAUUUUCAGCUCAUAAAAUUAUUUUAUCUUCCAACAGUUCAGUAUUCCAACAAAUGUUAACAACAGAUAUGAAAGAAAAGAAAGAAAACUGUAUUAAUCUUCCUGAACUCGAUGCUGAUAUUAUUAAGGAGUUACUUUUCUUUUUAUAUCACGGAAAAUUAGACAAGGCUGGCGACAACAGUGCUACUUUAUUGGAGUUGGUAAAAGUUGCUGAUAUGUACUGCAUAUCUGAAUUAAAACGUAUCUGUGACUUAUCACUGAGUAACAAUUUAUCACUUGAUAAUGUUAUGUCAUUAUUUGAAGUAUCCAAAGCUUAUAAAUUAGUUAUUUUGAAAGAACGAGCUUUGAUUUACAUCGCCAAUAAUGUGAAUUCAUUACGUUCACAGGAAAUGCUUGUAUCUUCAAAAAAAUCGUUACCCUGA